GUCUGUGUGUGUGUGUUUCAGGUUUGGCUCGAGCGAAGUCCAUCCCCACUAAGACGUACUCUAAUGAGGUGGUGACGCUGUGGUACCGCCCGCCAGACAUCCUGCUGGGCAGCACGGACUACUCCACUCACAUCGACAUGUGGGGUGUUGGGUGUAUCUUCUAUGAGAUGGCGACAGGUCGACCGUUGUUUCCUGGUUCCACGGUGGAGGAGGAGCUUCACUUCAUCUUUAAACUGCUGGGGACCCCCACGGAGCUGAGCUGGCCGGGCGUCAGCUCCAACGACGAGUUUGUAGCGUACAACUAUCCUCAGUACAGAGCCGAGAGACUGAGUAACCACACUCCCAGGUACACAACCGUACUACACACAGUACACAACUACACUACACACAGUACACAACC